AUGAAGAACAUUUACAUUGUGGCUGGAUUUUUUAUAAUGCUGGUGCAAGGCAGCUGGCAGCAUUCCCUUCGGGACACGGAGGAGAAACCCAGAUCAUUCCCAGCUUCCCAGACAGACCCGCUGCAGGACCCUGACCAGAUAAAUGAGGACAAGCGCCAUUCACAGGGUACGUUCACCAGUGACUACAGCAAAUACCUGGACUCCCGCCGUGCCCAAGAUUUUGUGCAGUGGCUGAUGAACACCAAGAGGAACAGGAACAACAUUGCCAAACGUCAUGAUGAGUUUGAGAGGCAUGCUGAAGGGACCUUUACCAGCGAUGUGAGCUCUUACUUGGAAGGCCAGGCAGCAAAGGAAUUCAUUGCUUGGCUAGUGAAAGGCAGAGGACGGCGAGACUUCCCAGAAGAAGUCACCAUUGUAGAAGAACUCGGCCGCAGACAUGCCGACGGCUCCUUCUCUGAUGAGAUGAACACUAUUCUCGAUAAUCUUGCCACCAGAGACUUUAUCAACUGGCUGAUUCAGACCAAAAUCACUGACAAGUAA